GGCGCGCCAACAGAUUGACAGCUUAGUGCACCGGCCACUGUGAAGGAGGCUAAAGGUUUGUGCGGCACACCGCCGACCCAAAGGCUACAUCGACAUGUCCACUGGGUGACUCACAGUUCAAGCUCAAGUUCAAGCCCGGAUGAAUGGAUGGAUGGAGGAUGAAUGUUGCCCUCACGAGCACAAUGCUGAGAUCAGACCUCAAAGCAACGCUAGGGAGGCGAGGCUGCGUGCUGACAGUACUGAGGGCGGCAGCGAUAGUCGUGAUGCUGCUGCUGGCACACGUGGCGCUGCACCAGCACCACUACACCUUCCGUAACCCUUUCAGUCUCCACCUUCGCAGCGCGUCCCAGCACACAUACCUGUUGCCCACCGGACCUCGCGCCGGGAACCAGGUCUUGUACCAGCAGGACGCCAUUCAGGAGCUGAACAGCCCGUGGACGGAGGAAUCACGGGCGGCGUGGGUGGCGGUGCUGCAGGAGCGGCGGGACAGGCUGCGGGAGGCGUGUCGCCGCACCAACCACACGGGGCGUCUCUCCUUCCAGUCCGACCUGCUGCCGCGCCGCAGCCUGGUGUGGGCUGCGCCACUCGGCGUCGUCUGGUGCCCCAUCUAUAAGGCGGGCUCAACUACGUGGACCAAGAACUUGCUGCUGGCCUCAAGCAAUGCGAGUGGAAAAGCAAACCUUCACGAAGAGCUGCGGGAGCUGUACCCGCCGCCCACCUCCGCCACGGAGCAGGAGAGGAUGCUCAACAUCUCAAUGAGGCUGAUCGUCGUGCGCCACCCCUUCGAGCGGCUCCUGUCCGCCUACCGGGACAAGAUGCUCCGGGUCCGGAACCCACAAGAUCCGUGCAUUAGAAAACAGCAAGAGAUUGCCCAAUCCUACAUGGACACGGAGACGCAGCCGCUGCCCUACACGCCAGAGGAGCUACAGAAAGCCGCCGGCGAUCGCCACAAUGCCACCGGUUUGGUCCACCCAACCUUCACGCAGUUUCUUAAAAAAGUUCGUGAUGACGUAAGGAAAUUAGGGAAAAUGAACAGUUACGUCAACGUCCACUGGCGGCCGUUCUGGGCCGCCUGCGAGCCCUGCCACUUGGACUACGACGUCAUCGCCCACGUGGAGACCCUCGCGGAGGACCAGGAGUUUGUCAUCCGGGAGCUGGGCCUCCAGGACCGGCUGCGGCCCGCCCGCACCCACGCGUCCAAGUUUGACGGCUACAACGACACAAGCACGGCGUCCGAGGCUUACUUCAGGAAGGUGCCGCUGAAGCUGAUGGAGUCCCUGGCAGAACUCCUCCGCCCGGACUUCGAUAUGUUCGGGUACUCCCCCCAUAAGUACAUCGCCAUGGCCGCCCCGCCCAGAGAUAACACCAUAAGCUGAGGCCUUGGCUGACCGGAGCACGAAUCCUUAUGCGUAUCGGUACCUCGGUCUGCCUGUUUGAAAAGCCUCUUGCAGAAGUCCCUGGGAUCUUCACGGACUGUAUUGUGAUCCUUGUGACACUUUUACGUGACUUCUGGACCUUGAACGGGAAAAAAUUACCCAAGAAAACCCAGUUAAUCUUCUCUGUGGCCUUGGAAAAGAGUCGUAAUGGGAGUUCGAUACCUUUGAGAAUAUGGUCAAUGUUCUCUGGCCAGAAUGAGUCUCUUUUUAAACACCUGCCUGGUUGCGCUGUGCCUUAGGGGUUGAAAUAGAACAAGAUCUUGGCUUGUAUUCUCUGACGCUUUCGCCUCUUACAAGUAUUUCCAAAGACCAUGCACGCAGGAGAUUGAGUGAUUCUUACAUUCAUGGUGCAGAGGCCCCAUCAAACUAUCACUGGGCUCCUUGGAAAUAUCUACAACCUCUAGGAAACCUUAAUCAACUGUGAGUGUGAAAGCCCUGAGAUGUUUGAGAACGUGGGCCUUGAAAGCUUCAUGUAAAUAAGACAAUGGCGGAGUAGUAAGAAAGAACGCAGCCACCCACUCUGCUGACACUACCUGAAGAUAUGUGAGCAUGACUCUUCAUUGCUCAAUAUGGUAAAAUAUGGGUAAGCUUCAGGCUGUUAAUUUAUCAUACUUAAUUUAUUAUAGUUUAUUUAUUAUUGCUAAUUAUUAUAGUUAAUUUAAUAUAGAGUAAAUUUAUUAUAGUUUAUUUAUUAUCGAGUUAA